AUGGCUCCACCAAGCAUUUUCGGAGAUCCAAAGAUCUCUCAAGACGAGAGCUCCGGCUCAGUCUACUUGGACGUAGUCGUAGCUAACGCCGAUCCAGCUAAGACCAAGUGGUUCAAGGGUGACGACGAACUAGCUCCAUCAAACACCUACAAGUUCAGCCACAGCGACGAUGCCGGCCGCAAAAAGUUGCGAUGCGAAAUCAAGGUACCUCGUUUAUCUCUCUCAAUUUCUAAUUAAUGCUUUGAAAUAUAAAAUAUUAGUAUCAAAAGGUUAUACUUUAUAAACAUGUGAAACCAACAUAUAAUCUACUAAGAAAUGUUUGCAUCUAGCUAUCUUUAGUAAAACUUUAACUUCAGAACUUUGACAAGACCUUGGGCGGUGUUUACAAAGCCGUCUUCGCUGGUUCAGAUGGCGCUGAGAACCAUGCCACUUUCACCGUUCAGUCCGGAAGUAAGUCGUGUUAUCCUCUACUUAUUGUAACUUGAUAUAGAUGCCCCUGAGUUCACUGACAAGCCCAAGAUCGUCCAAAGGGACGGUGGAAACGUCAUCGUGAUCAAGGUUCGCGGAAAGUCCCACAUUGAGGCCAAAGCCGAGUGGUUCAAAGUAAGUUAAGUUAACCGUGUAGUCAAAAAUAGGUUCUAUGUAUUUACAUCUUGUCUAUCCUAUAUCAUUUCAAAUAAAAGUCCACUCAGCGUUUAAAAAACGAACCUAUUUAAGUAUCCAAAUCUAAUCCAACUUAAUUUAAGGACGACAAGCCAUUGAAGAGCGAUGACAGAGUGAAAGUUGUCCAGAAACCCGACGACAAAGACAAGGACGCCACACAAUACCUUUUGGAAAUCACCGGACCUCAGAAAAGCGACGAAGCCAAGUACAAAUGUGUCCUCAAGAACGCCGAAGGAUCCAACCAACAAUCGCUCAACCUGGUUUUCGAUUAA